GGUACCCGCUGGCUCUGCUGGCGGCCUCUGCCCGGAUCUCGGCGCCCAGGCCGUGCGCCUCUGCCGCCCUUGUCUCCGGUUUCGCGGGCACGGCGGAGGCGGCGGAGCUCUGGGCCACCGUAUCUGGAGUAGAGCAGAAAAAUUAUUAUGACUGUGUGCCCUUGGGACUCAUUGGAAAUUGCACAGUGACAUCUUCUGGGAUUUAGUCUGGAAUAUACAAACUUGUGCCUAAAAUGGAAGUAGAUAUUAAUGGAGAGUCCAGAAGUACCCUGAGCACCCUGCCCUUCCCCGUGGCCGAGGCGAGCUCCCCUGGAAAGGCAGAGGCAGAGAAGCCCCGCUGCUCCAGCACGCCCUGCUCACCGAUGCGGCGGACUGUGUCGGGCUACCAGAUCCUCCACAUGGACUCUAACUAUUUGGUCGGCUUUACAACUGGUGAGGAACUCUUGAAAUUAGCCCAGAAGUGCACAGGAGGUGAAGAGAGCAAGGGAGAAUCCGUUCCUUCUUUGCGCUCCAAACAGCUGGAUGCAGGACUUGCCCGUUCCUCUCGUUUGUAUAAAACCAGAAGUAGGUACUACCAGCCAUAUGAGAUUCCAGCUGUCAAUGGCAGGAGGCGAAGGCGUAUGCCCAGCUCAGGAGACAAAUGCACUAAAUCUCUACCUUAUGAACCUUAUAAGGCCCUCCAUGGGCCUCUGCCUCUUUGUCUUCUUAAAGGUAAGAGGGCUCACUCCAAAUCUCUGGACUACCUCAAUCUAGAUAAAAUGAACAUCAAGGAACCAGCUGACACAGAAGUGCUACAGUACCAGCUUCAACACCUAACUCUGCGAGGGGACCGUGUGUUUGCGAGGAAUAAUACAUGAAGGACUUGCAGAGAGUUUAAACCAGUUUAGGUCAGCGGCUACUUGGCUAGAAAAAACCCACUGUUGUACUCUGUACUUGACUCUUCAAAUUAUAGAUGGUUAUAUCAGCUAAGUGUUCUUGGAAAAUAAGAAUUGUUUGGAUCAAAUUUUGAAUACAGGAAUGAAACCAUAGGUAUUUGGGGGGGGAGGUGGAUCAUUCUAGAGCACGCAACUGCAAAGAAAACAGAGUGUUGACCAUUAGUUUGUAUAGCUUUUUAGCUAGGAAAAAAGGCUUUGUUACGGUAAUUUCAUCUUUAUGAUUCUGACACUGAAAUCGGGAAUGUUAAUCUGCUUGGUUGUUGCUGACUUGGUAUGAUUCAUUAGAAAUUUAUAUCUUAAGUACUCAAGUACUUCUUGAAUCUCUGUAUUUUACUAUAAAAUGUAUGUAAUGAUUUGUUUUAUGAAAUUUAGAACUUGAACAUUGCUGAA